CUAUAAAUCUUUCAGCCUAUCUCCAGUUUGAUGAGACAGGCUUUGGAGGAAAUCAUUCCCCUCUGUCUCCUGUGUAUGAAUACACUUUAAAGCUCUUGCUACUCACCUCAUCCCAGUCUCAGGAAUUGGCUAUCUGCGGCAGGCGGCUCUGACCUGUGAAAUUGCAGAUAUAUAUAUAUAUAUAUAUAAAAUUUUAAAUAAAGAUGAUUCACAUCUUUAUAUAUAUAUAUAUAUAAUUUUUAUUUAAAAUUGUCAAUGCCAACUGCAGGACAUAUUUCUACAUUUAAAUGGCAUUAAGCCAAAUACUACAGAUUAAGGUCAAGAUGAGGACUAUUGACUGUGGACAGAAGCUUUCCCUUUUCACCCCUCUAAGAAGAAUUGAAGUAACUGUAUUCUUGGACGUUCUCAGUCUGAUUCAUGCCUUCUUUUAGCCAACUAUUCAUGGAUUCACCAGAAGAAUUACACCUACUACCUCCGGCGUAGGAUGGAAAAAAAAAAAAAAAAAAGUCAAACGGUCAAUAAUGUUAGCAGAAACUUGAAACUUUAGAGCCGGUAUUCAGAAAGGUCCUCCUCUCCACCCCCUUCCCUCCGGUCCAAUUCCUUUUCUGGUUCUGGCCAUCGGAAAUUGACUUGGCGAUAAUUUAGGACUGGAAUGUCAAGGCGUCAAUUCCCCCCUUCUCUUCUCCCGCCGCCCCCAACUCGGAAACUCUUAAACCGCUCCCCACCCUGCACCCCACCGCAGAGGUAGAUAAAUGAUGCAGCAGAUUACACCGCUGAAAGGCAACAUUUGUCCUGAGCUAUUUUCACAUUUUUUCCUGUUUCCGAUUUGUGUGCCAGACUUUGUUUGCUUGCUUAGGACGUGGAAAACAUAUUUGGGCAUUUUCGCUACAGUUUAUUGCCAGUGGCUUUCUCCCAGCAAAUGAAAGUGAAAGUGCUACGUUGUAGCAGUAUUUUAUCCUUAAAGUCUGGACUGGCAGCUGGUGUGUACGAGCAGAAGAGGGGGAGGAGGGGCGGCAGGGAUUGGGAAGCUUGAAGAGCCAGUUUUGAGGUUUUGUUUGUUUAUCUUGAGAUCGCAGCAGUGUUCCUGUCCCACCCCACCCCCCUUUUUUGGAGGGGGUCUGACUUCGGAUUUAUUUUCAUUUGGGCAGUCAUUGAAGUUUCAUUCAAUGUACUGGCUUAAGAAAAUACACUCCACUUGUAGCUUUCCCCGAUUGCACUUUCAAACACCAUCUAGUCUCACCCUCAUCUGGAAAUAAUGCAAGCUUCUCUCUUCCCUCCCCCACUUUUUUCCCCCCUUUCUUUCUUUUAAAGCUUCACAUAACCUGAAGCUGAUAAUCAGACGGAAUAUGUGCUGCCCUUAGUUUACUUUCUCUUUCGGUGCCAAUUUUACUUUUUAAAGGUAUAAUAUAUAAAACACGGGCGUUUUAUACACAUGAAAUCUGUCGGCUACACUGAUCUAAGUUUGCUGUAAGUUUCCUCAAAGGCACUGUUCAUAAUAAACAUGUGUAACUUUUAACAUUUUUAUUGUGCGGACUUAAAAAACAAAAAACACUGAGAAUGACACAGGAGAUCUUACUAGUGACAUUAGUCCAUCUAAAGUCAUCCAUCCUCUCCCUACCCCCUUUCUUUUUCCAAGAAACAACUAAUAGCAAACCAGGCUAGAAUUUCUAAACAGGCUAGAAUUUCUAAAAGAGGAUAAGAGGAGGAAAAAGGGCGGAGUGGGGUAGGGGAGAGAGGUUAGAGGGGCCAGAAUUUGUCUCAUUCACAGGGUGGAAAAGUUGACAUUGUCUUAAGCCUUUCUGAAUGGCUGGUAGUUGGUUACCCCGAUUGUACCUCUACCUCCCCUCCCCCUCCACGUGACGACCCAGGACACAUGCGCACCCGACGCAGCCCAGGCACAUCUGCAGACUGACGUCAGUGUGCUCUGCCUCCGAGGAAAAGCUGCCAAAAUUUUCUCCUGCUGCAAUUCAAGUUGGCUGGGGGCCGGUAGUGAGAUCUAGGGCUACUUCAACAAAACUUUGCUGCCCUUCCUGCUCCUCUUGUCUUCUUUUCUCCUGAUACCUUUUGAUGCUCUUCACACGUUAUUUGCAUAGCAAAGGCACUAAGCUGUCCAGGAAGAGAGGGCACCACUUCCACCCCCAAUAAGUCUGUUUUCCUUCCUUCCUUUCUUUUUCCUUUCCUUUUUAUUUUUUGGGGGGUAGUGUGGAGAGAAAGGGGGUUUGCAAAGGCAGCAUCUCAGGGUGAUAGCCUGGAUGUAUUGAAGGCAUCUCUUUUUCUGCCAAAUCGGAAAGUCCGUUCUCUCAAGCCCGGGUUAGCCAGACUAUAGGGUUUUAUUCUGGCUGCAGAAUAACUGGCUGGUGUGGCUUUGCAAAGGGGGGCAAAGAAAAAGAAAAAAAAAAAAAAAAGGCAGAGAGGAGAGGGAGUACGUGAGUCGUCCAGUGCAAUCUAUUGUUUGAAACUUACUUUUUAUCAGAAUUUGAAGAUGAAAACGGUUAAAAAGUGAUCAUAUUUUAGUAACCAAUCAGCCUAAUGCUUUGUUGAUGAAAAAUUUUACAAUCGUUAUUUUUUUCAUUUUGGAUUGAAAAAAUGAAUCCAGAUACAGAAGAAAGUAUGGGAUGUUGGGAAAAAGUACCUGUUAAACAGUGGAACAUCUAUUGACUGAUUUUCAAGAAUUAUUAAAGAAAUAAAAUUGUUAUGCUUCGAUUUUGGUAUGGUAUUGACUCUCUAGCACAUAGGUAGCCCUCCAAAAAAUAUCCAGUUUUUCAAAUUAUGGAAAUUUUGUGGAAGACGUUGACCUGGAUUUUGAGCCUCAUCAUGGUUUCAUCAGAAUUUCAUAGUGACCACAGGCUUUCAUACAGCUCUCAAGAGGAAUUCCUGACUUAUCUUGAACACUACCAGCUAACUAUUCCAAUAAGGGUUGAUCAAAAUGGAGCUUUUCUCAGCUUUACUGUGAAAAAUGAUAAACACUCAAGGAGAAGACGGAGUAUGGACCCUAUUGAUCCACAGCAGGCAGCAUCUAAGUUAUUUUUUAAACUUUCAGCCUAUGGCAAGCACUUUCACCUAAACUUGACUCUCAACACAGAUUUUGUGUCCAAACAUUUUACGGUAGAAUAUUGGGGGAAAGAUGGACCCCAGUGGAAACAUGAUUUUUUAGACAACUGUCAUUACACAGGAUACUUGCAAGAUCAACGUAGUACAACUAAAGUGGCUUUAAGCAACUGUGUUGGGUUGCACGGUGUUAUUGCUACAGAAGAUGAGGAAUAUUUUAUUGAACCUUUAAAGAAUACCACAGAGGAUUCCAAGCAUUUUAGUUAUGAAAAUGGCCAUCCUCAUGUUAUUUAUAAAAAGUCUACCCUUCAACAACGGCAUCUGUAUGAUCACUCUCAUUGUGGGGUUUCAGAUCUCACAAGAAAUGGCAGACCUUGGUGGCUGAAUAAUACGUCUACUUUUACUUCUUCACUACCAAUUAAUGACACAUAUAUCCACCACAGACAGAAGAGAUCAGUAAGCAUUGAGCGGUUUGUGGAGACAUUGGUUGUGGCAGACAAAAUGAUGGUGGGCUAUCAUGGCCGGAAAGACAUUGAACAUUACAUUUUGAGUGUAAUGAAUAUUGUUGCCAAACUUUACCGUGAUUCCAGCCUAGGAAACGUUGUGAAUAUUAUAGUGGUCCGCUUAAUUGUCCUCACAGAAGAUCAGCCAAACUUGGAGAUAAACCACCAUGCAGACAAGUCCCUCGAUAGCUUCUGUAAAUGGCAGAAAUCCAUUCUCUCCCACCAAAAUGAUGGAAACACCAUUCCAGAAAAUGGGAUUGCCCACCACGAUAAUGCAGUUCUUAUUACUAGAUAUGAUAUCUGCACUUAUAAAAAUAAGCCCUGUGGAACACUGGGCUUGGCCUCUGUGGCUGGAAUGUGUGAGCCUGAAAGGAGCUGCAGCAUUAAUGAAGACAUUGGCCUGGGUUCAGCUUUUACCAUUGCACAUGAGAUUGGUCACAAUUUUGGUAUGAACCAUGAUGGAAUUGGAAAUUCUUGUGGGACGAAAGGUCAUGAAGCAGCAAAACUUAUGGCAGCUCACAUUACUGCAAAUACCAAUCCCUUUUCCUGGUCUGCCUGCAGUCGAGACUAUAUCACCAGCUUUCUAGAUUCAGGCCGUGGUACUUGCCUUGAUAAUGAGCCUCCCAAGCGUGACUUUCUUUAUCCAGCUGUGGCCCCAGGUCAGGUGUACGAUGCUGAUGAGCAAUGUCGUUUCCAGUAUGGAGCAACAUCUCGCCAAUGUAAAUAUGGGGAAGUGUGUAGAGAGCUCUGGUGUCUCAGCAAAAGCAACCGCUGUGUCACUAACAGUAUCCCAGCAGCUGAGGGGACACUCUGUCAAACUGGGAAUAUUGAAAAAGGGUGGUGUUAUCAGGGAGAUUGUGUUCCUUUUGGCACUUGGCCCCAGAGCAUAGAUGGGGGCUGGGGUCCCUGGUCACUAUGGGGAGAGUGCAGCAGGACCUGCGGAGGAGGCGUCUCCUCAUCCCUAAGACACUGUGACAGUCCAGCACCUUCAGGAGGUGGAAAGUAUUGCCUUGGGGAAAGGAAACGGUAUCGCUCCUGUAACACAGAUCCAUGUCCUUUGGGGUCCCGAGAUUUUCGAGAGAAACAGUGUGCAGACUUUGACAAUAUGCCUUUCCGUGGAAAGUAUUAUAACUGGAAACCCUAUACUGGAGGUGGGGUAAAACCUUGUGCGUUAAACUGCUUGGCUGAAGGUUACAAUUUUUACACUGAACGUGCUCCUGCAGUGAUUGAUGGGACUCAGUGCAAUACGGAUUCACUGGAUAUCUGUAUCAAUGGAGAAUGCAAGCAUGUAGGUUGUGAUAAUAUUUUGGGAUCUGAUGCUAGGGAAGAUAGAUGUCGAGUCUGUGGAGGGGAUGGAAGCACAUGUGAUGCCAUUGAAGGGUUCUUCAAUGAUUCGUUGCCCAGAGGAGGCUACAUGGAAGUGGUGCAGAUACCAAGAGGCUCUGUUCACAUUGAAGUCAGAGAAGUUGCCAUGUCAAAGAACUACAUUGCUUUAAAAUCUGAAGGCGAUGAUUACUAUAUCAAUGGUGCCUGGACUAUCGACUGGCCUAGGAAGUUUGAUAUUGCUGGCACAGCUUUUCACUACAAGAGACCAACUGAUGAACCAGAAUCCUUGGAAGCUCUAGGUCCCACCUUGGAAAAUCUCAUCGUUAUGGUGUUGCUUCAGGAACAGAAUUUGGGAAUUAGAUAUAAGUUUAACGUUCCCAUCACUCGAACUGGCAGUGGAGACAAUGAAGUUGGCUUUACUUGGAAUCAUCAGCCUUGGUCAGAUUGCUCAGCUACUUGUGCUGGAGGUGCCCAAAGACAGGAGGUGGUCUGUAAAAGGUUGGAUGACAACUCCAUUGUCCAGAACAAUUACUGUGACCCUGACAGUAAGCCACCUGAAAAUCAAAGAGCCUGUAACACUGAGCCCUGCCCACCUGAGUGGUUUAUUGGGGAUUGGUUGGCGUGCAGCAAGACUUGUGAUGGUGGAAUGCGCACAAGGGCAGUGCUCUGCAUCAGGAAGAUUGGACCUUCUGAGGAGGAGACACUGGACUACAGUGGUUGUUUAACACACCGGCCUAUUGAAAAAGAGCCCUGCAACAACCAGUCGUGUCCACCUCAGUGGGUGGCUUUGGACUGGUCAGAAUGCACUCCAAAAUGUGGUCCAGGAUUCAAGCAUCGGAUUGUUGUGUGCAAGAGCAGUGACCUUUCUAAAACAUUCCCAGCUGCACAGUGCCCAGAGGAAAGCAAACCGCCUGUCCGCAUCCGCUGCAGCCUGGGCCGCUGCCCUCCUCCUCGCUGGGUGACUGGAGACUGGGGCCAGUGCUCUGCUCAGUGCGGCCUUGGACAGCAAAUGCGGACUGUGCAAUGUCUCUCCUACACGGGACAGGCAUCUAGUGACUGUCCAGAAACUGUUCGGCCUCCAUCGAUGCAGCAGUGUGAAAGCAAAUGUGACAGUACCCCCAUAUCCAAUACUGAAGAGUGCAAAGAUGUGAACAAAGUGGCUUAUUGCCCACUGGUGCUGAAGUUCAAGUUCUGCAGUCGAGCAUACUUCAGACAGAUGUGUUGUAAGACUUGCCAAGGACACUGACCCACGGAAAGCCAAAGAGAGAGCCUUGUCAUUUCAUCGUGGAAACGCAUCCAUCAAAGAGAGCCACCCAGAGGAAGAGGAUUGAGGUCCUUGCAAAUGCAUUACCCUGUGGAAAACGUAACCACUGGUCAGUCCUAGCUGACAGGAUUUCAAUAUUAUUUUAACUUCUGUGAAGUGGGAUUUAUUGAUCCAAAGUGCUGGACACAGUAUUAGGGGGAAAUGCCAGAUUGGAGAGAUCCAAACAACACAGGGAGACUUGCUUACUGUGGAACGUUUGCGUUCUUUCGAGUAAAUCCAAUAGCCUGUUUACCUCCUUGGACCAUUAAAAUAAUUUUUAUUAUGGACUUAGCAAUGACACUGAAUCCAUUUGUAUUUAAAACUGUUUAAAAUGUAGCCGUUAUGACUUGGUCAACUAUGGAAGUAAAGAAGAUGCAGAAAUCUAAAGUCAUAGCUUAAAAAUAUUUACUAUACUUUAUCUCACUACAACAGCACCACAAUUUAAAUUAUAAAACUGGCUUUGAACUGUAAUUUAAGGAGCAAUUAUAAAUCAAAAGUAAUGAAAGUUUGUAUUAUUUUUCUUCAUUCCACUUAAUUUCCUUAGGAAUAAUCCCCCUGUUCUGAACACUGCUGUGAGCCAUACAUAAAACUAUAUUAAACCAAACAACAAUGAAGAACUUAGUUUAAAGCAGUGCAUCAGUUACUGCAGCUGUGCAAGUCUAUAAAUCCAGUGCUAAAAGGCUGUGGCCAACUUGCCAUUGUGCAAGUGAAGCUGAGAUUUCCAUUAAAACUUUAAGAGAAAAACAUUUCAAUCUCACACAGAAGCCAGACCUGAGGUAUGGUAGAGGCUGAAGUCCUAGGCCCUUUGCCGCCAUCAUGCAGGAUGCCUCAGUUCUUAUCUGAGUCACCCCAAUUCACUUGUGUUUACAUCCUCACCAGCCGCAGAACGGCUUCUCCCUGACAGACUGUUGCACGCAUGUUGAGCUUACUGAGAUGAUACCAUGCAAAAGAUCAACUGGCUCGGUAACAACCAGGCAGACCCUUUUGCAAUUUGCUGACAAUUAUGAUGGGUUCCAGAUGUCCUUUCUUUGAUAUGGUGGAAGGGCAUUUAUUUAUAUGAGAGCAAGUGUGUGUGUGGGGGGAGGGGCGCUUUGAGUGUGUGGAUAGAUGAGUGUGCUUGCACAUAAAUGUGCUAUUUCUGUGAGUUUUAAAGUAGGCAAGGGAUAACAACCAAAGAAGAAAAACUCAUGAAGACUAGCGAUCCUAAAGCAUAAUUUUAAUAGUCACCCAACCAAGUAUUUUGUAUUUUUUUAUGGAUACUCUGAAUGGCAAUCAAAUGUGAAACCCAGUUUCUUGGGCAAGUCAAAUCCUAGAAUCAAAUGCACCUAAAUUAAAAUGACUAGCUCAGAUUUUCCAAGUUUCACAUCCUCAUUAAAAGACUCAACACUUAGAUUUUAAAAGAGAGGCACUUGUUUAUAUUAAUAUUUUCUUCUUGGACACUUGUAGCUUGCAGCAGGUACUCAGCGGAUGUCCCUGUUCCUACAGCCUCCUUUGCUGUAGUUCACCAUGUGUACACCUAAAGAUCGAAACCAAAUGGCUGCUUGGUAAAGAUAAUACUUGCAGUUAAAGAGCAUGUUUGACUUAAAUCCAUCACUGUUCUGAAACUACAUGCCAGGUGUGUCACAUAAACCGUGACCUAAUGUGAAUGAUUAGGUUUUUUCAGAAAGGAAUAGAUUUUUAUACCUAAACUUCCAUGUUUGAUUGGCCAGCUGGCAUGGGAAGUUGUUCUGCAUGCUCAGUCAUGGCCGUCGGAUCUCAUCACUUGCUUUCUAUCGCAGCACCACAACACACAUCCCUGAGCUUCCCAGAGAAAGCUGUUGACGACACACAGGAGUGUCCUGCGGGGGCCUCUCUAUGCUGCCCUUACAUGGACAGUCCAAGUGCCAUUUCAGCCAUUCAGUGAAGGGAGGGCCACCCACAGACGCACGGCACCAGCACUGACUUCCCUUGGUCCUUUUCAAAGAACAGUUAACUUGGUGCUAAUGUGCCCUGGUGAAUUUUUUUAAAAAGAAUGAGAGAAAAGGGUAGUUUUGUGGCAUUUUAGGCAUAGGUUUGCUAUCAGGAUCUGAUUUUCUCCAGGACACCAAUAUAAAUAUCAGUUUCUGUUUCAAAAAGGUUUUUUACAUGAAUAACUACAGAAUUUUUUUUUUUUUUUUUUUACCUCACCUGGAAACUAACAUUGUGGAGGCCUGUUUCCUGGGCACUGCAUGGCACUCCGACUGGUGCUAGAUGAGGAGGGCAGCCAGCGUUCCGUCUGGGACAGGCAAGAGCUCCGAGGUCAGGAGGCAGAGACCUCUCUGGGCAACAUCAGAUUACUUUUCUAAGGGAACCAAGCACAGAAUACAAUGAGAUUUACACAUUUUCAAACAGAUGUGAAUUUAUACCUGAGUGGGGGGAAAAACGAUACUCCACAGCAUAUCACAAUACUGCUGCUACUCUAGCCACCCACAUGGCUAUAUUAUGCUCUAUUCCUAUCUAAUAAUAGCUGGGCAUGGGGGCAGCCCUCCAAAAGUAGUGAGCUAUACUACUUAGGGAGUCCCAAGGAAACCCAUACCCCACUAGCUGAGAACAGUGUCAGCCACCAGUUAGAAAGGCCUAACAAAAAAGGAAAGGUAAAAUGUACCCAACUGAUUAAACUCCUUGAGAUACAUAUGACUUCCCAACAGUCCAUUUCAUUAGGAACUUUUUUAUUUGAGUGAAUGUCACCUAGGUAUCCUUAAUAAUACAGAACAAAAUUACCUUUGUAUUAUUGUUAUUAGUUGUUGCUUAUUAUUUUAUACUCAAUAUUAAUGUGGUACACUGUUACUUUUUUUUUGCUUUCGUAAAUUAUAUUCUAAUUUAUUGCUGUGUUUUCUAACACUUGUCCUACAUUCAUUCUCCUGCUUGUAAUGAAAAUGAAAAAGACUUUGUAACACUUGAUGGAGUGAAAUUCCACACAAGGCACAGAUUUUUUUUAACAUAGAUAAUUUAGUAAAAAUAAAAAUUCAGCUUGUAAUAAUGAUUCAGACGGAAGUUGUCUAUUCCCUGAAAAGCUGGUGUUAAAAUUGCAGUAGAAACAGUUUAUCCCAUGGGACACCACGGCUAUGUUACCUAAAUUAUAUGGGUAGUAUCCAGGAUUGAGGUAAUUUGUAGCAUCCCUCCUGUCCUUCUCAGAGAUUGCAUCUAUAUGUGUGAAUACUUCAGUCAUACUAAACGCAAAGGCUUCAGACAUUUAUGGCGCAGCUAUGUCCCCGGAUGCCACUAGGCAGUUAUUCUGAGAGGAGGAAGGAAGUCAAAAUGGGCUACUGUCACACACCUUCAAUCACUUGGCCCACAAUUCUUUUCUCAGCAUGUCUCUACUUUCUUUGCCCUCCAUGUAAAUUCUUUAGUAUAGAAGGUAGAUCCAAGAUAUUUGGUUGGGGGAAAGGUGUUCAACAAGAGAAUUCAUAUUUGAAGGAUUUUUCUACUGAAGUUCAGCAGCAGCAUAGAAAUGUGUUGGGGAUGUUUUUCUAUCUUCAGACAUUUCCUUUUAGGUAAUGGCUCUGUAACUAAGUAACUAAUGGCUCUGCUUUGGCUGAGCUUGCACGCUUAGCGAAUUGAGCGCUUACAAAAUGACAGUUUCCUCAAUUACAUAACAACGUGUGGUAUGGAGGAGCAAAAUUAUGCUUUUUAGUCCACUUACCCUCUCACUUCUGUACACAUACAUCCAAUCUUACAUAUUAGAAGAAAUCAGGUUGGGCCAAGUGAGAUGGUCAGAUAGUGUUAAGUGAGUAUAUUUCUGCAAGGUCAUCCUAGGAGCCUAAAGUGGCUGAAAUACUGCGAAGACCCGGUGUACCAACCGUUUUAACCUCCCGCUGUGGUAGCAAAGGAUAGCUCUGCUGGGGGCCAAGGGAUCAAGCCUAGAAACAAGGCUUGCCUCAGUUUAGAGUCUUCAGAGUCUUAUCUACAGCUGUUUUCAAGCUUCUAAUCAAACACUGUUCUCCCUCUGAAAUAUCUAAAGGCAUUACCCUUCUGCUUAGGUACUAGCCUCAAGGACAUCGCCCUCCAUAAGAUUCUGCUCCCCACCAUCCAUCACUGGGAUCAUCCUUAAUCCUUUACGCUCCUGAAGGCCAGGUGGCUUUUUUCAAGGAAAUUAAGAAGAAAGUUGGAUGUUGAUCUUGGUAACAAAAAUGUGUGAAUUUGCAUGGCUAGGACAAAAUUCCUUUAAAAAGAAGAAAAAUAAUUCAGGGAGGGGGAAAAAUAUCCCAGCCCAGGAGGACUGGAAAAUUCUAAAUAAGCGGUCACAGAAAAGAGUAAAGAUCAAUCGAUGAAUAAAAAAUGUGACAGAUAAGCUGUGUUUGAAAUUCUGUCUCAUUCAUAUCAUCAGAAUAUGUGGAAUAAACUAACAUGUUUUUUAAAAGAACAGCUGUUCACAGUGGUUUUGUGCCUCAGAUUCAAAACCUCAACCUGAAACUUAAAAAGGAAAAUAGUCUUUUCUCAUUAUUUUCUUUGAGGAUUUCUUGUCCCCUAUUUCUAUUUCAUCUACAGACGAUAU